AAGUAAACAAGUGUUUUUAUGCUAACGAUGGAUGUGUCAUCAGUACAUCAGGGCUCGGAUGGGAACUGCGAAUAUUAGGGAAAAUACGAAUAUCAGACUUGUGUCGAUAUUCCUUUUAGGAACUGUUCGAGACACGUCAGGGGUUUUGUCUUUGUAAAUUAGCUGUCACAGAGUAAGUACGGCAGGAGGAUUUACAAACGUACUUGAUUAGCUCCGUUGAUCUUCUGCAACUGGGCUGUUAGCAAGCAGGCUAACUGGUUUCCCCUGUGUGUUUGGGUCCUGACGGGUCAGCACAGCAGAGAUAUGUCCUGCAGCUUGUUGGAGUUUUGCCGGCUCCAGGAGCUCAGAACAGUCCGGGACUACUUGUUCCAGAACCAGAAAACUGAGCCAGUGGAGGAGAAGAAAGACACAGAUGAUCAGCUGACUUGGGACACAUCUGACUGGGAGUCAGCAUGGGAGAGUGGUGACAAGGAGGAGGAAGCUGCUGCGACCACAACGGCGGAGGAAGAGCCCACAGGGCAGACUGGACCCUGGUUGCAGGACUGUGUUGUGUCAUUGUCACCCUGCUCUGACCUGCUUGUCGUGGCCCGUGAACAAAAAGCAGUUUUUCUCUCAGCAAAGUGGCGCACAGAUGACAGUGGCAAAGAAGAGAUGACUCUGGCCGUGUCUUGGACUGGCACACUCAGUACUGAAGAAGGAGAGUGUGUGAGCAGCUGCAUCUGUAUCCCUCUGGCAAGCCAAAAGCGGAGCUCCACAGGACGGCCUGACUGGACGUGUGUAGUAGUUGGAUUCACAUCUGGUUAUGUCCGCUUCUACACAGAGAAUGGAGUUCUGCUUCUGGCCCAGCUGCUGCAUGAGGACCCAGUGCUGAGGCUGAAGUGUCGCACGUAUGAGAUUCCUCGUCAUCCUGGAGUGUCGGAGCAGCAUGAGGAGUUGAGCAUCCUCUACCCUGCUGCUCUGGUCACCAUUGAUGGCUUCAGCCUCUUUCAGUCUCUACGUGCCUGCAGGAACCAGGUGGCAAGAGGUAAUGCGC